AUGGCAGCCCGACCCUUCCGCCGUCGCUCAUCAGUCCAUGAACAACAAGUGUCGCACCAUUUCAAGAAAUUCUCUUGGGAGGCACCCCCAUCGAAGACCAUCUACGCAGGUCUUUCGAUCUUGUUCGAUGAUGAUGGAGCAACAGUAGCCAUCGCGAUCCGGGAUGCGACCUACCUUCUCGACUUUGUUCAGGAUGAUCUCACUGCCGAGGGCGACGAGUCCCUUUCUACACAGAUCGUCGACUAUGUCCUGAAUAACUUGCGCAAAUACAGCGAAGAGCGCCUCGAGAAGUUCAUUGGGUUAGCCAUGCCGACAACAGUGGCUAAGAAGUGCCCAACUCUUUGUUCCAAACUCUGGGCCGAGCUCGAUAUCAUCCCAUUGGUCUUGCCUGAAGAAAGCAGCAUCGGUACCGACAAUGUCUCCAACCAUCCUAUUCGUAAGUCUACUGGCUGGGAGAUCAAGAGUGUCGACGAACAAUCGGAGUCCAUGGGACGGAAAUGUGUCAGCAAUUCAAGGCUAUUCGGACCUGAAAACAUUCCUUUGCUGCAGGUCGGAUUCUUGGGCUUGGUGGAGGUGGAUACUGCCUUCCACGUGCGUUUGACGAACCUAGAGGAUUUCCGCAAGACAGUUACACAGAAGACCUGGGAUGCGGUUCAGUAUUAUGCUUCCGAUCUCAAGAAGAGAAAGACCAAAGUGGCGUUCUUCAGUGCCACUCCUCAGGGAGGUGGUGUUGCACUGAUGAGACAUGCCCUUGCAAGGUUCUCCUAUUCUCUGGGAACCGAUAUUAGAUGGUAUGUGCCCAAGCCUAGACCAGGGGUUUUCCGCAUCACGAAGACCAAUCACAACAUCCUGCAAGGAGUCGCAGCUCCAGAUGAGCGCUUGAGCGAAGAGGACUGGGACAAGGUUAUCGAUUGGAUUGAUGAAAAUGCGAAGCGCUACUGGCUCAGUCCGGGAGGCCCUCUGCGCCAUCCCUCUGAGGGAGGUGCGGAUGUCAUCAUUAUCGAUGAUCCCCAAAUGCCUGCUUUGAUUCCUAUUGCCAAGAAGAUGGCACCCGACAGGCCGAUUAUCUUCCGAAGCCACAUUCAGAUUCGGAGCGACCUCAUUGCUCAAAAGGGAUCGCCCCAGCAGGAAACCUGGAGCUGGAUGUGGAAACAGAUCCAGCAGGCAGACCUCUACAUCAGCCAUCCUGUGAGCAUCUUCGUUCCGGAAGAUGUUCCUUCCGAGAAAGUGGGAUACAUGCCUGCUUCGACAGACUGGCUGGAUGGCCUGAACAAGAACAUGCAAGACUGGGAUGUCGCCUUCUAUGGCCGGAUCUUCAAUUCGAUGUGCAGAAACUCGGGCAUGCUUACAAUCAACUUCCCCGAGGAUGAAUACAUUGUCCAGAUCGCCAGGUUCGAUCCUUCCAAGGGUAUCAUCGACGUCGUGGAGUCAUACAAAAAGUUCCACCAACGGUUCACGGCCUCGCUGCCCGACAGGAAGCCGCCGAAGCUGCUCAUCUGCGGCCAUGGCUCCGUCGAUGAUCCGGACGGCUCGCUGAUCUAUGACUCAACCUUGUCGCACAUUGAGACCAGCUGCGCCGACAUCUCCGAUAACAUCUGCGUCGUGCGACUCGGACCCUCGGACCAGGUGCUGAACGCGCUCCUCUCGAAAGCCAAGGUGGCCUUGCAGCUAUCGACGCGGGAGGGAUUCGAGGUCAAGGUGUCGGAGGCCAUUCACAAGGGUAAACCAGUGAUCGCCACCAAGGCCGGAGGCAUCCCGCUGCAGGUGGCCGACAAGAAGAACGGGUUCCUUGUGGAAGUCGGCGACACCGAUGCGGUCGCGGAGCAUCUGUUCGAACUCUGCACGGAUGACGAGCUGUACGAGCGGAUGCACAACUACGCCCUGGAGCACGUUUGCGACGAAGUGAGCACGGUCGGUAACGCGCUGAACUGGCUCUACCUCGCAUCGAAGCUGUCCAAGUCGGAGGAAGUCAAGCCCAACAAGCGGUGGAUCAACGACAUGGCUCGCACCGAGGCGGGACAGGAAUACACGGGCCAAGAGGACCGACUGAACCGGUUUGAUUUGUAG